AUGAAAGACUGUGGCACAAAGACCGAGCUCCUCAAUGAAUUUAAAACCUGCGACAGAACCUACGAGUCCGGAUCCAGACGAGGGUGUGCCCUCAGAGGGAACUUCCUCCAGAGAGACCUGUGUCUGGUCGCCUCCAGCCCCAACGCAGUCUGCACCUUCAGGGCCCCCAAGGCGUUCCGACCUCCGGAGAAAAUGCAAAUAUCGGAAAAAGGGAAUUCCCUCAUUCUUACAGUGAAGCCGCCCGAAGUGGAAAUUCCCGAUAAUUCUCGUUACAAUAUCUGUUACUCUGCCUGCGACGGGCACAAAAUGUGCGAGGAGCCCCCAGUGGAGACGAAAUCCAUGGAAAUAUUGAUACCGUAUUCUAAAGGCUGCGUGUUCAGGGUCCAGCACCAGACGUAUACUCCAGACACAACCCCCAUCUACAGCGACUGGAGCGAGGAGGUGGAGUACGGUUGGACUGACUGGAGCCUGACAAUAGUAGCCAUCGUGAUCCCCAUCAUCGUCUCUCUCUCUGUCAUCGUGUCGUGCAUUUGCUUCAGGAGACACAAGGAUAUUAUUUUCCCCGACGUUCCGGAUCCUUCCACCAUGUUCAAGGAAAUGAUGAACGGCAACAAAGACAAGCCAAACCUUCAAACGUACAAAGCUGUUGAAACGAUCGAUCCCGUCACCGUGGCCGCUCACAUUCCUCCCAGUUCCGGGCCUGUGCCGACGUGA